AUGAGGGGUCAUAGAGGCCUGGAGGAGGACCAUGAGAGUCAUAGAGGCCUGGAGGAGGACCAUAAGGGUCAUAGAGGCCUGGAGGAGAGACAACACCUUCAGCCCCAGACAACACCUACAGCCCCCAGACAACACCUACAGCCCCCAGACAAUACCUACAGCCCCCAGACAACACCUGCAGCCCCAGACAACACCUACAGCCCCAGACAACACCUACAGCCCCCAGACAACACCUACAGCCCCCAGACAACACCUACAGCCCCCAGACAACACCUUCAGCCCCCAGACAACACCUCCAGCCCCCAGACAACACCUACAGCCCCCAGACAACACCUACAGCCCCCAGACAACACCUACAGCCCCCAGACAACACCUUCAGCCCCCAGACAACACCUACAGCCCCCAGACAACACCUACAACCCACAGACAACACCUACAGCCCCCAGACAACACCUACAGCCCCCAGACAACACCUUCAGCCCCCAGACAACACCUACAGCCCCCAGACAACACCUACAGCCCCCAGACAACACCUACAGCCCCCAGACAACACCUACAGCCCCCAGACAACACCUACAGCCCCCAGACAACACCUACAGCCCCCAGACAACACCUACAGCCCCCAGACAACACCUACAGCCCCCAGACAACACCUACAGCCCCCAGACAACACCUACAGCCCCCAGACAACACCUUCAGCCCCCAGACAACACCUACAGCCCCCAGACAACACCUACAGCCCCCAGACAACACCUACAGCCCCCAGACAACACCUUCAGCCCCCAGACAACACCUACAGCCCCCAGACAACACCUACAGCCCCCAGACAACACCUACAGCCCCCAGACAACACCUACAGCCCCCAGACAACACCUACAGCCCCCAGACAACACCUACAGCCCCCAGACAACACCUACAGCCCCCAGACAACACCUACAGCCCCAGACAAGAGAAGUAAGCUUACUUCUCUACACUUCAACUCUUCUGAAGAUGUUGAGUGGUUCAACGAAACCUCUUUUAAUGUGA